ACUAACAAAAAGUCGACGAACUGAGACGACGCUGUCAUUCCGCCACAGAUUCAAACGGUAUCACACUCAUCUGUGGACAAAGACAGGGACACUGGGAGAAGAAGACAUGUCUCUGAGAGGCGACGUGUGUGUGGUGACGGGAGCGUGUGGAUUCCUGGGGAAGAGGCUGGUGCAGCUGCUGCUGGAGGAAGAGAAGAUGGCCGAGAUUCGGCUGCUGGACAAACAUGUGCAGCCGCAGGUUUUACUCACACUGGAGGACUGCAGAGGCAGCACAAAGCUGAGCGUGUUCGAGGGCGACAUCAGAGACGCUGAGUUUGUGAGAAAAGUCUGUCGAGGCGCGUCGCUCGUCUUCCACACCGCGUCCAUCAUCGACGUGAACGACUCGGUGGAGUACAGAGAAAUUCACGGGGUCAACGUCAAAGGAACCCAGGUUCUUCUGGAGGCGUGCAUCCAGGAGAACGUGGUGUCCUUCAUCUACACCAGUACCAUCGAGGUGAUGGGCCCCAACCCCAGAGGUGAACCCAUCGUGAACGGCAACGAGGACACGAUCUAUAACUGCACUCUGAAGUUCACCUACAGUAAGACCAAGAAGGAGGCGGAGCAGUGCACGCUGCACGCUCACGGCGAGGUGCUACAAAAUGGAGGCCGACUCGCCACGUGUGCCCUCAGACCCAUGUACAUCUUCGGCGAGGGCUGCCGCUUCCUGCUGGGCCACAUGGGCGACGGGAUACGGAACAAGGACGUCCUGCUGCGAAUGUCUCGCCGCGACGCGCUUGUGAAUCCCGUCUACGUGGGCAACGUGGCGGCGGCUCACCUCCAAGCCGCUCGCGGCCUCAAAGAUCCACAAAAACGAAACCUCAUCGGAGGGAAGUUUUACUUCAUCGCCGACGACACACCGCCCGUGAGCUACUCCGACUUCAACCACGCCGUGAUGUCACCGCUGGGCUUCGGCAUUCAGGAGAAACUCAUGCUUCCCCUCCGCCUCCUCUACGUCGUCUGUUUCUUUGUGGAGAUUCUGUGCGCGCUGCUGCGACCCGUCGUGCGAGUCGUGCCGCCGUUGAACCGGCAGCUUCUCACCAUGUUGAACACGCCGUUCACCUUCUCCUACCAGAGAGCCGAGAAGGAUCUGGGAUACAAGCCCAGGUACAGCUGGGAGGAGGCACGCUUACACACCGUGGAGUGGCUCGCCUCCGAGUUACCAAAGGAGAGGGGGCGGAUAAGAGGUUAAUCAUUUAAGCUAGGGGUUCCCCAGGGUCUUUGAAAUCCUGUCUCUCUUGUUUGUUACGACGCCACCUACUGUUUCAUGCCCUGCAUUGCUUAAUGUACGUAGUCUAGGCCUACGCAGGACAAACGUGGAGUCGGUGUUGAGGACACGGUCAACUGUCUCUCUCAGAGAUUCCAUCUCCCUUUCCGCAACAACUAAUAUAUAAUAAAUAAUAUUUAUUGCUUCAAUGAAAA